GCUCUAGCAGGCUCCAGCAGGGUCUCUCUUGGAGCUCUGCCCUAGCUUCCUCUCUUACAACCAAAAUUUAGUUUGCAAGUUUUGUCCUUAAGACUUUGCUCCACGUCUUCUAGGAGGACAACCGACUUCUGACUGGGACAUUUAAGGACUUACGUUUGUACUCGGCUCCCAGAAGCUCAAGUCCUACGUGUACUGACAAAAGACUGGUGGGCCCUUAAGAUUUGCUGGCAAAGAAACUUAAGAUUUGCUGGCAAAGAGGAUGGGAGAACCGCUGUCCAUUCAAAACCUUCAGCUCGGAAACGACUAACUGAAGCGUGGUUUGCAUGAAUGGGUCUCCAAGCCACUCUUAGAUAAAAGGUCCAGAGUUCAGGUUGCAACAUUAUACCUACUGAUUCUUUGGUGAAAUAUCAACCCCCGAAAGGUCUCGGAAGUCACACCCAGAAUCCUGCCUGUGGCCUUUUCAGGGCUACAGUGCAUGUUUGUAGAAAGAACCACACGGAUCAAGCAUGUGAGGCCAUAAACAGAACUUAAUGAGGAUCUCCAGGGUGGACGGAUUUGGAUGUACCAAUGUCAUCAUUCUAUAGGGUUCCAUUCUUCUACAAUUCCAGAGAAAAUGUUGCUAGAAGAGAAUAUUGUGUGGAAUGAGACCUUUCUCCAUAAUUUAUGACCAGUAUGCACUAAGAAACACAUCUGUUCUACAAAUACAGGUUUAUAGUCCUGAGGAAGCAAGUGGCUGUAUACACACAGACCCGAGAACAUGAGAAUGUUUGUUAGCAGAAGAGUCAAAAGAUGGCAGUUUUUUCACUUUUUUGCCACCUGUUUUGUAUUAAGCUUCAUGGUUUUUUGGGGCCCAAUCAAUAAUUACAUCAUGAGCCAUAUGAAGUCCUACUCCUACAGAUAUCUCAUAAAUAGCUAUGAGUUUGUGAACAAUUCCCUGUCUCUCAAGCACAGUGCUGCACAGCCUCACUACCCAUACUUGAUCAACCACAGAAAGAAGUGUCAGGCUCAAGAUGUCCUCCUCUUACUGUUUAUAAAGACUGCCCCUGAAAACUAUGACCGGCGUUCCGCAAUCAGAAAUACAUGGGGCAAUGAGAACUAUGUUCAGUCUCAAUUCAAUGCCAAUAUCAAAACUCUGUUUGCAUUAGGAACUCCUGGUCCACUGAAGGGAGACGAACUGCAAAAGAGACUGAUUUGGGAAGAUCAAGUGUACAAGGAUAUAAUUCAGCAAGAUUUCAUUGAUUCUUUUCACAAUCUUACUUCUAAAUUCCUUCUUCAGUUCAGCUGGGCAAACACCUUUUGCCCACAUGCCAAAUUCCUGAUGACUGCUGAUGAUGAUAUAUUUAUCCACAUGCCAAAUCUCGUUGAAUACCUUCAAGGGCUGGAGCAGAUUGGAGUUCGAGACUUUUGGGUUGGUCAUGUUCAUCGAGGUGGCCCUCCUGUUAGAGAUAAAAGCAGCAAAUACUAUGUUCCCUAUGAAAUGUACAAGUGGCCAGCCUACCCUGACUAUACAGCUGGUGCUGCCUAUGUCGUCUCCAGCGAUGUAGCUGCCAAAAUCUAUGAGGCAUCACAGACACUGAAUUCCAGUAUGUACAUAGAUGAUGUAUUCAUGGGCCUCUGUGCCAAUAAAGUGGGGAUAGCGCCACAGGACCAUGUGUUCUUUUCUGGCGAAGGGAAGAUUCCUUAUCAUCCCUGCAUCUAUGAAAAGAUGAUUACAUCUCACGGACACUUACAAGAUAUGCAAGAGCUCUGGAUGGAGGCUACAGAUUCUAAAGUAAAGAACAUUUCAAAAGGAUUUUUUGGUCAAAUAUAUUGCAGGUUAAUUAAGAUAGUUCUUCUCUGCAGAUUGACUUACAGGAAUUCGUAUCCUUGUAGGGCUGCAUUUGCCUAAGAGUACGUGGAUGCUGUACUGUGUUCACUGUCACUGAGCCAAACUUGAAUGGGGAAAAAAAAAUCUGUAAAUGUUUCUCUCUGCUCUGAGUCAAAUGAGUUGAAAGUAAAGAGAUUAUUUCAAAACCCAGUCAAACUAGUCAAUGUAACUCCAAAUUAAACUGCAGCUUAAUUUCAUUUCAAGAAAUUCAUAUUUUAAAAGACUUAGAUCAUGAGCAAGAGUAAAGUAAAAAUUUCAAGUUCUCAUUUGGUUCUACAUGUAUAUUUGAGGUAUGGAGAGCAACUGAGAAGCCUUGAUAUCAAAAUAAUAUUUGGGGGGAAAUACCUAACAAAUGUAGAAUGUAGCAUCCCUAAGAAAUUAAUACAUCUUAGAACAAGCAAUCCAGACUAUCUCAUUAAAGAGUACUAAGUCAAGUUGGGGGGAAGGCAGGUAGUAUAGAAGAAAGGAUACCAAUGUAAUGAAAGGGUCAUUUGAAUGAGGACAUACAAGGAAAAUGUCUACAAUUCUGUUACCAUUAAGUUGUGUAACAUUGGCAUUCCUAUCGCUAUUUACCUAGGCAGCUCUGGAAUCACUUAAAAUAUAUUUGUAAUAUCUUCUCAAAUUUAAUUUUUAGUAUAAAACUUUAGAAAGUGGUCAGCUCUGCCCUAACACAUAGUAUUCUAUGUGUAGGCUUUCUCUAAAGUCAUAAAACAGGAAUAGUUCCUGGCCCCUGGAGGACCUGCUUUAAAGAUAAAUUACUGUCGACUCCAAUAAGCUGGUUUUAAUUUAAUGAAUUGUUCAAUUGCUUUCAAAGCAUUAAAUAUUGUUCUUUGUUUAAGGUAGUUGUUUGGAUACAGCUUACAUUGAGGAGUAUAACAAUGGAAGAGACUUAAAGGAAAGAUAGAGCUAGGGGUAUUAAAAGUCUCUUUUCCUUGUAACUUGUAAUGUGUUAGCUUGGAGUCCCAAUCAUGGCACUUAAUGCAAAAAAUUAACCCACCGCCUACCAACAAGGUCUUGUAGGACAGAUUUUGUUCCAAGUGCAAACUUUCAACUUGAAAGUUUUUAAUAGGUUAUCAUGUCUAAAAUAAUCCAUUACUUGACUCAAUAACUAUGAGAGGUUAUCUUUUAAAUAUUUCAAAGAUGGAAGCAGAGUAAGAGUGCUAGAGAAACUGACCAAAUGAGAUUAUAAAUUUUGAUAAAUCUGCAUGUUCUUGUAAUCAGAGGCUUGGCAGAUCUAAUAAAUUACAUUUAGUUUUACAAAAUAGGAUUAAAACAUGUGGCUGUUAUGCAAACAAUGUACCAGCACAGAAAGGACUAAGGUAUAUUCAUCAAUUAAAGAUCUAUGAUGCAGGCCAAAACAUGACUUCAGAUGGAUACUUAAACCUCAGACAGAGGCACACAAUAGGGAAAGUUUAGCUGCCAUUAUUAGAAUGGUGUUGGAAACAAUGUAAAAAAAAUCUAAGACAUUCUCAAAAUACACAACUAAAUGAUAUCUGUGUUUUCACAGGUAGAUGUUUUUUUUUUUUUAAAAAAGUGUUUACAUAUCUUUGUAAAGUUUUUUAUUAUGAGAUAUGAAGCUUGUUUAUACUGCUCAGGUAGUUUCUUACUAAUUCCAAGACUAGUAUUAAACAUUCUAAGAUAGUUAUUUUUCCAGUAGACUCAGGGUUUUAGAUUACUAACAAUUCAGAUUUUCUGAUCAAUUUUUUAAACACUAGAGAAUAAAAUUUGAAAAGCAGCUUUAUAGUUAAUUCUCACCAGUUGGUCCAUUGAUAACUAAUUGGUAGCUUUAGGUAUACAUGGGAUAAUAUGUGUCCAUGUUUCUACUUGGAGCUGGUAAAUGUUGUCACUGGCUGGAAAGUGUCAUCUUUGUGUACAAGAUGGUCUGUUUACACUGGUACUUUAUGCAGCAGUUCUCUGUUUGACUGAGCUCUCUUCAACCUUGUUCGUCUUUUUUUCAUUUUUGCUUAGAAUAGAAUGAAACUGGUUUGAAGUUAAAGGAAAUAUGAAGGUACUUUGUCUUUUGGAAUUGUCAGAUGAUUCCAUCAUAAGAUUCAAAGACCUGAAAGGUAUUUAUAAAUAGAGUUGUUUUAACCUUUUAAAAAGGAACGGAUCAACUUGGUGCUCUAAUGCAGGGCUGUUUUCAAAAUGAAAAAGGAAACAAACUAUUGGCCCAGAUGGUCACUUGAGUUUUAAAAAAUGGCUGCACACAGUAAUACUGAAAACCUCAUUAUUGGUUUGCAUCUUUUUUUCAGCUAUUAAUUUUAUACUAAAAUGUUUAAUAUUUAUAUUGCUUGAGUUUCAAUCUUGUAUGGAAAAAUAAUUAGUAGAUCUAAGAAUUCUAUGCUUUCCAAUAAAUAAGUUAAAAAAAAA